CGCAGCCAGUGCAAGCUGCUCCCUGUGCCAGUGCCACCCAGUGACCCCAAGAAGUGAUCCUCGACUCGAUAUCCCCGUCGCAGGAUUAAUCACCUAAAGCACCUGUCGCGUGGUGUGCCGCGAGUGUUGUUCCGUUGCGAGAGAGAGAGAGCGAGUGCGAACAGUGCCAAGAAUGACAUUUAAGCAGCGGCCUAGCCAGGCUCUGACCCCGAUCAGCCUGCUGGCGGUAUUCCUCCUCGCCGGCAGUUGUGCGGCGGCCACCGAGCAGCUGAGCAAUCCCGUCCAACCCAAUCCGGCGCAGAAUGCCGGAGCAAGGACCCUGCUCCGAGUCUACGACGAGUGUACCCGUGCCGAGGCCGGGUUUGUGCCAUGUCUGAAGAAGAAGGCCAUCUCCUUCAUCGACCGCCUGGCCCCGAUCGAUGCCAUCAAUGUGGCCGAGGGCAUCAAGCUGGUUCGCCUGGAGACGGCUCCGCGUCCGCCGGCAACUAGCGAGAAUGAGCUGGAGUCCUCGCUGCCGCGAUCCGGCAGUGAUCGCGAUGCCAAGCUUACCAACAUGCUGAUCGAGCGGCUGAGCUACUUCUUCAACGGUCACUCGCUGCAGGUCAGCUUUCCCAAGCUCACAUCUGAUGAGAUUGGACGCGGCUUAGAGGAAGGUCGCGGCAAAAUGAAGAAGAUGAUGGGCAUGAUGAUGAUGGGCAUGGCCAUGAAGCUAAUGGGCAUGAUUCCGAUUGCCAUGGGCGCCCUUUACAUUCUGGCCGGCAAGGCGCUGAUCAUCUCGAAGAUCGCCCUGCUCCUGGCGGGCAUAAUCGGGCUGAAGAAGCUGAUGUCUGGCAAGUCGUCGGGCGGUAGUUCUGGCUGGUCGUCUGGAGGUGGCGGAGGCGGCGGCGGCGGCUGGUCCUCGGGUGGCGGAGGCGGAGGAGGGGGCGGUGGCUGGGACCGCCGUUCCCUGACCGAGGCCCAAGAGCUGGCGUAUCGGUCUCACAUACAGGAGCAGGCGUCCGGGCAUCCGCAGAUCCAUCAACAGGUGCAGCAUCUGCAUCCAAAGGCCGUGGCGCCACAGGUGACCAAGUCAUAGGAUGGACGACGGAGGACGACGGUGGAAGAAGAGCGAAGGUGUGACACCAAGUGUUAGCUAGCUGCAUUUAUCUUGUGGAUAAAUCACGGACGGCGGACGGAUUGUAAUUAGAUAUACAUAAACUCUCUUUUUGCACUUGCACUGCGGGGCAGACAAGAAGACUUGAUGCAUUUCCAACGGUUCACUCUACGCGCAGUGGCACCUAUGGGUACAUCGCCUGAAAUGUAUCUAGAACGUGCGUUCCCACUGGGCAUGCGCAUUUUUUAUAAUGAUUAGUAUUUGCUUUAAUCGAUUAUGUUUUGUUUGUAUCCCACUCUGCCCUGCUCUGUUCUCGAUCCGCGUUUACAGUUACUGAACUCUGCCUCUGUCUCGGCAUCUGCAUCUGUAUCUCUGCAUCUCAGCAUCUGUAUCUCUGGCCCCACUCUGCUAACUGCACUUGCUAUUUUCAAUUACCUCUCGUACUUCCGUUUCAUCUCAUUCCCCAGCGCACUCCCAUUAGCUCUAGCUUACCUAACUGUAUGUAGUAAUAAUUUAUUGAACUUAUUUAUUUAUUUACUAGCCGUAAGUGAAACUCGCCUGUAAGCAGCAAUGUUUUACAAAAAACAGAAAAGCUACAAAAAAAAUGUAUACAAAUAAAUCAUUGAUACACAGAACACAAAGAUCUUAACUUAAACUCUCUAAAAUUUAUCUAGAGCAACGAGUG